AUGGAGCCGGAUGCUACCGAAAGACUUCGGCUUCUACGUGCAGGAGAGGUCGAUGCUGCUCUCAAUCUUGAGCGGGUCGAUGAUCUCAAACUUCUGGAUUUCGACUCUGCUCUUCGAUGGGGCAGAGUGACGAGCACUUUAUCGGCUAUUUACUACCUCAACUGUACCGAGGGUGUCUUUACUUCACCAGAGGUACGUCUAGCUGUGAACCUUGCGUUGGACAAUGAUGCAUUGGUAAAGGAAGUAUACCAUGGGUUCGCAAAGUCAUCCGCUACCAUCGUCAGCCCCUAUCAUCUUGGGUUUCCGGAGUCGCAAUUACAACCGGUUCCAUACGACCCCGACAGGGCCAGAGAUCUUCUCAAGAAUUCUGACAAAAACACGCAUCUGGUUUUGAGAACCCCGGUCUACAUGCCAGAGCAUGCCCAAAAGAUCUCAAAAUUCGUGGCAUCGUCAUUGAAAGCUGUUGGCUUUAAGGUCGAAGUCAAGGUCGAGACCAAUCGACCAGAAUACGCCCGCCAAAUCGGUCUCAAAAAGGAGAUUGGAAGCCUCGCCUUAUUCGACUCAACACCAAACAGCACGUUUCGUGUUUUGGACGACAAGGUUUCUAGUUCAUCGCAUGCAACGUGGUGGCUUGGUUAUCACGAUGAUGAGGUUCAAGAACUAUUUCAAGAGGCACGAAACAAAAUUAGCUACGAGGACAGAGCUGAACUCGUGAUGUUGAACUUGAGAUUGGGCACUCAGGAGUACUCACACUGGAUUGAAGAGCCGUAG